ACAAAACAAACGGGGCUCCCCUUCCGUUCUCUCCACCACCGAGCCGAUCACCACGUCUCCUCCUCGUCUACCCUCUCCCACUAUACGCUCUCCUGGCGAAGCCAGCUGCGGCUAGAGGGGAAGAGAGCGUACGUAUGCGGGCGCGUGCGACAAAAAAACACACUCGCCAGAGAGUGAGUUCUACCGCUCUCAGCGCAACGCCGAAGUGAAGCGGCGAGAACAGACCACUGCCUAUGCUUCUGGUGCGGUGUGGUGCGCGGCCGAGAAGAAGAACGUGUUUAUCUAGUCGUCGUCGAGAGGCGGGGAAGGGAGGCUCCGCGCGAAAUGUGGAUGUGUCGGCGACGACGUUUUGUGCUGUGUUGUCUUCGUUGUGGCGGCAUUCGCCGCCAAAGCGAGCGGCAACAGCGUUGAUUCACCGAGCGCCGCCGACGACGUCCGGCUCACGCCGCUGAACCGCCAACUAUACUGCUGUCGGUUAGGGUCGGUGUCCAACCGGUUAGAAGCUGUCCACGCGACAGGACAACGGAGCAUUCACGUCUGCCGCUCGCGGGUGACAGUUAGUCAGGAGCCAGGAAACGAGCUACACUACAGAUUGCCAUCAGCAAGAUAACGACGUUGGUGAGCACGGCUGGAACAAGGUAGCAGCAGCUGCUUGCCGGAGAUCCCUGGCUGGUUCAAGCCGUGCUGUUCCAGGAUCAAUGAAGCUGCUGAUCUGAAUCGACGCCCGCAGACUCAGCUUUUUUCAUUACGAGAAACUCUUCGACCACGACGUAGUAGUGCUGGUCAUAGCAGUAGCACUCCUGGUUUCCUAGGUCCUGCAGGUCCUGCACUUGCAGGAUCAGUGAAGGAGUCGGCGACAAGCUGCGUGCCCCCCAAAUUUCCAGCCGAGACAACGGUGCGUAGUAAACGGGUGCUGCAACGAAUUCGCGUCAAGGUUGCACUGGAAGCUGCGGCUGCGGAACUCGGCAGUGUACCAUGACCAGUCUAAAAGACACGGUCGUUCCGGAGGCGGACGAGCCUUGCACGGGUGAUCUGCCCGUGGUGCACGAGGUCGUGAACAACGUUGAGCUGCAUGGUGGCGGGGGCGCCCGCACGGACAAGUUCCCGACGACCGGCGGCAAGCCGUCGAUGCUGACGUUCGCCGACAUUCCGACCGAAGACCCGCGCGACAAGAAGUGUCGCGUGUCCCAACUCAAGUCCAGGAUCGCCGUGUUCAGGAGAACCCGGUCUCUGAAUGCGCCAAGUCCCGUGUACCAGUUCGGACCAUGCGGUCGCAUCCUCAAGAAUUCAGCCAUGGUCAUGACCAUACAGGACCCCGCGGGCCAGCGGCUGACGUGGCACAAGCCACCGCUGUCUGUGCUCGUCAUCAAGAAGACCAUGGACGCCACCGUCGUCAAGCCCUUCAACGAGCUCGUCCAGUGGCUCAUCUGGGUCAAGAAUAUGGUUGUUUUUGUUGAAGACGCCAUCUUGGAGGACCCCUUCCUGAAGAACAACAAGACCUUCCUCGAGGUCAAGGACAAGCUCUGCACCUUCAACGAAGGCAGAGAUGAGCUCACAGACCGGAUCGACUUCAUCAUCUGUCUCGGCGGAGACGGCACGCUGCUCUACGCUUCUUCGCUUUUUCAGCAAAGCGUGCCCCCCGUGAUGGCGUUCCACAUGGGAUCGCUGGGAUUCCUCACUCCGUUCGACUUUGACAACUUCCAGGACAAGGUCAACAAUGUGCUCGAAGGGCAUGCUGCACUCACACUACGAAGCAGACUAAAAUGCAGCAUAUACCGCAGUGAGAGCGAUCCCAACGACAAUAAUCUCAACUGCAACUCAUCCUGCCUAAAACGAGUCUCCGGGCCUUGUGAACAGCAAGUUCUCAACGAGGUCGUCGUGGACCGGGGUCCGUCGCCCUACCUGUCCAACAUCGACCUCUACCUGGACGGCAAACUCAUCACCACUGUCCAGGGAGACGGUCUGAUCGUAUCCACGCCCACGGGUUCGACGGCGUACGCGGUGGCGGCGGGCGCCUCAAUGAUCCACCCCAGCGUGCCGGCCAUCAUGGUGACGCCCAUCUGCCCGCACUCUCUCUCCUUCCGCUCCAUCGUCGUGCCGGCCGGCGUGGAGCUCAAGAUAAUGGUAUCACCCGAAGCCCGAAGUUCGGUAUGGGCCUCCUUCGACGGUCGCCUGCGUCAGGAGCUCCAACAUGGAGAAAGCCUGAAGGUGACGACAUCCAUCUACCCGGUGCCUUCGAUCUGCGACCAGGACCAGAUAUCGGACUGGUUCGACAGCCUCGCCGAGUGCCUGCACUGGAACAUGCGAAAGAAGCAGCGUCAGCUCAACGAAACCGCCGACGUCGAGACGGCCACGGACUCCAAAUAACCCGCGACCUUUUUGUUAAACGCGCUCCAAGAGAGUCCCGCGACGUUGCCCCCCACAUCUUCCCUCACUCUCGUUUUACUUUAAGCGUUAUUCUUGCCGUCUUUCUGCCCUGUAUACAAUUUUCAUGAAGGAAACUUGAUCGCGAUCGUCAUGAGUUGUUGUUUACGAUCAAAGUUGUUUUAGCACCGGAUUCAGCAAAGGGGGGUGUUUUAGCGGAAAGCGUUUUGUAGCAACCGCGACUCCUGACCCCGAUGCGUAGCUACGUACGUGGCAGGCCACCUGUGCACGCACAAAUAAGGCCGCGCCGAUAACUGUCUGCUGAAGUUUUGUAUUGUAUGGGUGUCUCGGUGCGGCACUUAAUAUUAUGUCGAUACGGUAAUUCAUACUGUAUUUUCAUGAUCGACCACCACCUACAGGGAUACCUUAACUUUUGCGUGACGUAACGUCCACCACGAUAACACACUGCAGGGACGGGCAUCCCAUUGGUCUAAUCAAACUAUGCGAUGUGAAAAUAACCGUUGAUGGGAGCUGUGCCAUUCGUUUCGUCAGAUUCACUUCAGCUGCACGGUAACCAAUCGACUCUUGCUGAAAGUGAAAUGUAUCUAAAAAUUAUCGACCGAAAAUACGGCUCUGCGGUUGCGAUACAGGCAGACUCUGCCACAUUUGCUCUUUCAGCCAAUCAAAGAGUGCAUAGCUACCCUACGAGCCAAUCAGAGUUGAUAAGAUGGCAAAUUCCAGUGUCCGAAAUGGCACACCUGGCCUUUGCCUUGCGAAUCGUGGAAUGUAGUGACUAUCACAGUAUACUACAACAGUAUACAAAGCGUAACUUUGUGCUAAAACGCUGUUUUCUGGCAUCCUGAUGCUCCACCGGUUAUUAUUGUGCUGUUACCGCUGGUCGGACGCAAGAAGUAUCGGACGCAAAAAGGAUCGGACUACCGUUUGGGGUAUAGCAGAAAUGUCUGAGAGUAAACACUAGUGCUCGUGUUGUAUUGGUUCGAAGUAUAGAAAGGCUGUUAAGCUUCGAGAGCUUGUGCAAACAGGCCAGGCCCAUGCUCUAGCUCACUGCGUCGGGCGAAGACCUAUGCUGGCUGUCUAUGUAUAGCUAGCGUGAGUCGAAAUGCCUGUCGAUAGUCAAACUGUUGUCUGCUCUACAGUAAUUAACCUCUUAUUUUUGUACUUUUAUCCUCAAUUGUUGAAACACGAAUACAGUCUGAGCCAUCUCCCUCGGAACGAGAGAAACAGGCUUGAGUAGUAAAAGAUCAUGUGGCUUCAAUCUAUAAAUUACAUCGUCGUGUAGUCUUGGUCAACAUUGAAUGUGAGUAUCGUGUGGCGCUUGUAACCGCCUUUCAAAUGAUAUGUGGUGGUUUAGUAUCUUAAAGGAAAAGGAUACUGCUCUGUCGCAUUACAUUGUCCUUGGUGCGAAGCAGUCAUCCAGCCUCAGAUGAAACGCUUCUACGUCACUUUGGAUAUACAGCUCCGCGAACAUCGAAACAGCGAGAGAUAACACCUCACGCUUCUUGCAUCAGAAAUAAAAUUUCAUUCAACGCAUGGUCA